UACGCGGAAUAGAAAAUAUUCGCUAAUAAGAGCAGAGAAUAGAUAUUAUUACUGUUCUUAUUGCCUGUUGUCUAUCAUUGUGCAAGAGGCUUAAUAUUACUCUAUGGAUUUCAUAUACAAUGUGUGUGGAAAUCCCCUCUUUUAUUUGACGUGUGACAUGUGAACGCAUGAGACAUCACGGAGUCACGAAGGAACAAAGCAAAACGGAAUCACAUAGUUCGCAUCAUAGAUAAAUGCUUCAUUUUUUCUAUGUCUCGUUAGUAUUUCUACAAUUGUGAAAUACUUUAAAUACAAUUGACAUUUUCACAUAUCUUUGCAUUAUUUUGCAAAACGCGCUUAAAUUGAAUAGACUUUGCAAAAUUCGACGGUUUUGACCGAUAUCUUAAUACAUAUUACAUAUAACAAUUUUAAUAUAUGUCUACUUCCAUUAUGACGAAGAAUUCAAAGGUGGACCCUGUGGAUUGCACAGCAUUUGCAUUAGCAAAAAUACUUAGGCUACCAAAGAUUAGAUUUCCAAAUCAAUUAAAAUUUGCGUUACAAAAUCAUUUGGUGGAACAUGAUUAUCUCCCACAACAAUGCCAAAAUUAUAUAAAGUGCAUUAAAAGUUUAUCUAAUAUACAAAGGAUAGAUUAUGAUAAUUAUUUAGUUAUAUUAAAAAUUUGCUUAUAUUUAGAACAAUUUGAGUUAGAUCGCGAAAUAAAUCGGCACAGAUUAUUAAAUCAUAAAGUUAAGAAUUCCAAUUUAAAGGAGUGUUUUAUUAUCAAUGUGCCAACCUUUAAUAAUGAGAAUUCUAUAGUUGUACCAGAUGAUAAUGUGACUCUUUAUGAGGCCGUUUCAAAAAACACAAUUUGGGCAAAAGUUGUGAAAAUAACAGGAAAUGAAGUGACAAUACAACCAUUCUCUCCCAAAGAUGCAGAAACCUUUAAAGACAAAAAAAAGAACUUUAAUAUAAAUUUUUGGAGUAAACAUUGGCCCUUAAGAUGUUGCCAUUAUGCAUUGAUGAUGAUGAGUGAAAAAUCCAAUUUGAUAGAAAUUACAUAUCCCAAACUCAAGAUAAAUACUAUGGAUAUAGAAGAUGACAUCAAGUGGAUCAAUCCUAACAUAGAAAAGAACAAAGAACAAAAGCAAGCAAUAAGAAAGAUCUUGAGUAAGACAGCAUAUCCUGCACCUUAUAUAAUUUUUGGUCCUCCAGGCACUGGGAAAACAGCAACAUUAGUAGAAACUAUAAGUCAAAUUGUGAAACAUUAUCCUACGAAAAAUAUAUUGGUAUGUGCAACAUCUAAUGCAGCAGUCGAUGAAAUUGCCAAAAGGUUAAUUGGAAAUGUACCAGCAAACAUAAUGUAUCGAAUGUAUGCACCAUCUAGACCGUGGGGAAAUGUAGAUGAAAAACUUCGACCAUGUGCAAAUUUUGUUGACAAAACUGCUCUCUUUUUGCCAAAAGAUAUAUUGUUAAUGAAAAGAAUUAUUAUUACAACAUUAAUAACGUCCAUAAGAUUGAGUGCUGUGAAUUUUAGAGAAAAUCAUUUUUCUUACAUAAUCAUUGACGAGGCAAGUCAAGCAAUUGAACCAGAGAUGUUAAUUCCUCUAACAAUAACAAAUAAAAAGCAAGAAGAAGAAGGGAUUGAAUAUCAAGCACAAAUCGUUAUUGCAGGUGAUCCUCACCAAUUAGGACCUGUCGUUCGCUCCAAAUGGUGUGAACAUCUUUUUGGUACAUCAAUGUUGGAAAGAUUAAUGAAUGAUUGCGAGCCAUAUAAGAAACAGAAUGGAAAAUACAACCCAAACUACAUAACAAAAUUGAUUCAAAAUUACCGUAGUCAUGAAAAGCUUUUAUAUGUAUCAAAUAAACAAUUUUAUGACGAGGAACUAAAAGCCUGCGGAGGAGCCGAUACACAAAUAGCAUUGAACUGGCCCAAGUUACCAAACAAAACAUUUCCUAUGAUAUUUCAAGAUGUUCUAGGCAAAGAAGAGAGAUCUUUAACUCGAAGUGUCUCUAACACAGCUGAAGUACUAGUAGUGAUAAAAUAUGUGAAAAUGUUGCUUGAAACAAAAUUUGGAAAAUACAAAUUAACGCCGAAGGAUAUCGGAAUAGUGACGCCUUUUAAACAACAACAAAUACAAAUUAUUAAUCACUUAGCAGAGAUACGAUUGGAAAACAUAACUGUAGGAACAGUCGAGACAUUUCAGGGACAAGAACGAACUGUAAUAAUAUUGUCAACAGUACGAUCCAAUAUCUUUAAACACGAAAAUAAUGAACACAUUGGUUUCUUGUCUAAUCGAAAGAGAUUUAAUGUUGCUCUGACACGUGCAAAAGCACUUAUGAUAAUAAUAGGCAAUAAAGAUAUUCUUUGUACAAAUAAUAACUGGAAAGUACUAUGGGAAUAUUGUAAAACUCAUGGUGGAUGUAUUCCAUUUGAACGAUCUCCAUUAAAACCAUAUGAAAUAGCAAAAUUAAUAAGUGAUUACAAAGCAAAUACAGAUAAUGAUAAAGAUGCAUUAAAUGCAACGAAAAUAUCCGUUACCGUAGAACUUGGGAAGAACAAGAAAGAGGAAUUAUCCAAUGUACUAGUACGUGAAAUGGAGAAAAAAUUAAAAUUAACAUAGAAAAAAUAGUCAAGUGAAAAAUAUAAAUCUGUAAAUGGCAUUAUUACGAUUAUAUAUCGGAUAAUUAAAUCUAGUAUUUAUAGUAUUUCGUUUCUUUAAAUGAUGUUAUAAAAUGUACAAAUACAACUGCUCAGUAUUAAACGCGAUGUUUUAGUAUUAAGUUGUCACAUUUAAAUAUAUAAU